AUGGCGACACACUUUCAGGUGCUCUUCUCAAUGUUGAGGUUCAAAGGCAACAUGCCUUUUCUAGUGGUGAUUCGUGAACCGCCAAUUUUCAAGAGGGGCGACCCCUUCAACUCAACAAACGACCCCCACUUCGGGAGCGGACCAGCCCAGGACCUCGUGCGACACGAAAUUGCUCGUGGAGGGUAG